UGGUGUGUGUGUGAGUGUGUGAGUGUGUGAGUGUGAGUCUGUGUGCGAGGGCAAGUGGGGAGGGGGAUCCAGCUCAGGACCGGGAGGCCCUGCUCGCAGGUCUUGGGGCCCCGGUGACGGCCGGAGCGCUUGGUCCGCAGGCAGCGGGCAGGUGGUCCCCCCUCCUGCCCCCACCCGGCGCGUGCGCGCCCCAGCCUCUGCCUCCCCGCCACCCUCUCGGCUCCCGCGCGGCGGCGGCGGUUCCUCUCCCCCUUCCUCCAGCCCUGGCUCCGGGGGACCCCGCGAUGCCGGUCCGCACCGAGUGUCCCCCACCGGCCGGUGCCUCGGCUGCCUCCGCGGCCUCACUCAUCCCGCCACCGCCCAUCAACACCCAGCAGCCCGGCGUGGCCACCAGCCUGCUCUACAGCGGCUCCAAGUUCCGCGGCCACCAGAAGAGCAAGGGGAACUCGUACGACGUAGAGGUGGUGCUGCAGCAUGUGGACACAGGGAACUCUUACCUUUGUGGGUACCUGAAGAUUAAAGGCCUUACUGAGGAGUACCCAACGCUUACAACCUUCUUUGAAGGAGAAAUAAUCAGCAAAAAACACCCUUUCUUGACUCGAAAGUGGGAUGCAGAUGAAGACGUUGAUCGGAAACACUGGGGAAAGUUUCUGGCUUUUUAUCAAUAUGCAAAAUCGUUUAACUCAGAUGACUUUGAUUAUGAAGAGCUGAAGAACGGGGACUAUGUCUUCAUGAGAUGGAAGGAACAGUUCCUGGUUCCAGACCACACAAUCAAAGACAUCAGCGGUGCUUCCUUUGCUGGGUUCUACUACAUCUGCUUUCAGAAGUCAGCAGCCUCCAUAGAGGGCUACUACUAUCAUAGGAGUUCAGAAUGGUAUCAGUCUCUCAAUCUAACCCAUGUCCCUGAACACAGCGCACCUAUCUAUGAAUUCCGGUGACAGCGGUUCAGAACAGCAACCAAAUAAAACUGAACUUGGCAAAAAUGAACUUUGCUGAGAAAGUUGUGUACCUGCCAGAACCAG